AUGCAAAUCAAAACAGCCAUAUUUUCAUCUCACCCUAGUUGCUCUCUCCCUGUCUCUCUAACCCUCCCUGUUGGGUACUUUCUCUCCCCUCCGUCAAUUUAGAAUUUUGGCAGUACAGAGAUAGCACAAACAAAAAAGCUUCAAAUUCAUCAGUGGAUUCAAAGUUAGGUUCCUUUAUUCAAUCGUCGACACUAAGAUUUUUUCUUUAUAGUUCGACCUGAUUCGAUCGCAAUCGCAUAUCACUCGAGUCCAGUAUGGAAAAUCAGACUUCGCAGGGGUUUCGAGUUUGUGUUCAAGUUUGAAGUUCGAACUCGGAUCAGGUGAUCUUGAAGUGGGAAAGUUAGACAAUUCAUGUGUUUCUGCGAUGCACCGCGUGGGCAGUGCAGGGAACACAUCUAAUUCAGUUCGCCCUCGCAAGGAGAAGAGGUUGACCUACGUGUUAAACGAUGCCGAUGAUACAAAGCAUUGUGCAGGAAUUAAUUGUUUGGCUGUACUGAAGUCACCAGCCCCCAAUGGGGGCGAUUCCCUCUUCACUGGGAGUCGUGAUGGCACGUUAAGAAAAUGGGCAUUGGCUGCAGAUGGUGCCACUUGCUCUGCUACAUUUGAGUCGCAUGUCGAUUGGGUAAACGAUGCUGUCCUUGCUGGUGGUAACACACUUGUUUCCUGUUCGUCAGACACCACCCUCAAGAUCUGGAAUUGCUUGUCUGAUGGAACUUGUACGAGGACACUUCGUCAACACUCUGACUAUGUUACUUGUCUUGCUGCAGCAGAUAAAAAUAGGAAUGUCAUUGCGUCCGGCGGGCUGGGCGGAGAGGUUUUUGUAUGGGAUAUUGAAGCUGCACUUGCUCCCCUCUCCAAGUCGGGUGAUCCUAUGGAAGAUGAUUGUUCGAAUGGUAUCAAUGGUCCUGGAAAUUCACUACCCAUUACUAGUCUACGUACUAUUAGCUCAAGCAACAGCAUUUCUUUGCAUCCAACUCAGUCUCAUGGAUAUGUUCCCCUUGCUGCUAAAGGCCAUAAAGAGUCAGUUUACGCAUUGUCAAUGAAUGAUAGUGGAACCCUUCUUGUUUCUGGUGGAACUGAGAAGGUCAUACGUGUUUGGGACCCUAGAACUGGUUCAAAGACAAUGAAGCUUAGAGGGCAUACAGAUAAUAUUCGGGCUCUUCUUUUGGAUUCUACUGGCAGGUUUUGCUUAUCGGGAUCCUCUGAUUCUAUGAUCAGACUAUGGGAUCUUGGUCAGCAGCGAUGUGUGCAUUCCUAUGCCGUGCAUACAGAUUCUGUCUGGGCACUUGCCAGCACCCCCACGUUUAGUCAUGUUUAUAGUGGUGGGAGAGACCUUUCUUUAUAUUUGACAGACUUGGCAACAAGAGAGAGUAUUUUGCUUUGCACAAAGGAACAUCCUAUUUUGCAGUUAGCAAUGCAUGAUGAUGGUAUAUGGGUUGCAACAACAGAUUCUUCCAUAUAUAGAUGGCCGGCUGAAGGCAAUAAUCCUCAGAGUGUAUUUCAAAGAGGCGGCUCAUUUUUGGCUGGAAACUUAUCAUUUUCAAGGGCAAGGGCUUCCUUAGAAGGAAGUACCCCAGCUCCUGUUUACAAGGAACCGUCCUUUAUCAUUCCUGGGACUCCGGGUAUAGUGAAGCAUGAAAUUUUAAACAACAGAAGGCAUGUCCUGACUAAGGACACUGCUGGUUCAGUGAAGUUAUGGGAGAUUACCAGGGGCGUUGUGGUCAAGGACUACGGAGAGGUUUCGUUUGAGGAGAAGAAGGAAGAGCUCUUUGAGAUGGUAAGCAUUCCUGCUUGGUUCACUGUUGAUACCAGGCUUGGAAGUUUGUCUGUCCAUUUGGAUACCCCUCAAUGCUUUUCUGCAGAGAUGUAUUCUGCUGACCUUAACAUUGUUGGGAAACCUGAGGAUGACAAGGUUAAUUUGGCGCGGGAAACCCUUAAAGGACUCUUGGCUCAUUGGUUAACUAAAAGAAAGCAGAGAUAUGGAUCCCAAGCUUCAGCCAAUGGAGAAGUUUCAUCUGGGAAGGAUAUAUCUGCUAAGAGUCUGGCUCUUUCAAGAGUAGAAGUUGAUGGAACUGCUGAAAAUGAUUCUGUGGUAUAUCCUCCAUUCGAGUUUUCAACUGCUUCAUCACCUUCCAUUAUUACUGAGGGCUCUCAAUCUGGUCCAUGGAGAAAAAAAAUUACAGACUUAGAUGGAACCGAAGAUGAGAAGGACUUUCCUUGGUGGUGUCUGGAUUGUGUGUUGAAUAAUCGUCUGCCUCCCAGAGAAAAUACCAAGUGCAGCUUUUAUUUACAUCCAUGUGAAGGCUCAGCCAUCCAGAUUCUCACACAAGGGAAAUUGAGUGCGCCUCGUAUAUUGAGAAUACAUAAAGUUGUUAACUACGUCAUAGAAAAGAUGGUUCUUGAUAAACCAAUUGAUAAUUUAAGUUCUGAUGCAACUUUUGCUCCUGGGCUGCCUGGAGGGCAGUUACAGCAUUCAGCUGUUGGAGAUGGUUCUUUCCGGUCUGGGUUGAAGCCUUGGCAAAAGCUCAAGCCUUCUAUAGAGAUCUUGUGCAAUAAUCAGAUCUUGUUACCCGAAAUGAGCUUAGCCACGGUUCGGGCGUAUAUAUGGAAGAAAUCUGAGGACCUUGUCCUCAACUACCGAGUGGUGCAGGGCAGGUGAUUUCAUGACAUGCAAGAGGGUCUAACCCUGGGUAAUGGAGAUUCUGUGCUUGUGUAAAGUGCUUGGGAGUAAUUGAUCUUCGGUGGAUUCUUGUCAUGAUGAGUAUUAUUUGUUGCUUCCUUGUAAAUCUGGAAAACUAAAUGCUUUGCUGAAUUGAGCAGCAUUUCAAAUUCGCUGAGAAUCAUGGUAGCAAUAUGACGAAUUUUGAACGUUGUAUAGCCGACAUGCAAUCUUUAUAGACAUUUGUGGACUGAGUUCCCCAUUUGACAAUAGAAGGGCUUUGAUAUUGAAGGAGAAUUAGCACAGGGAGUGUCUUUUCUUUCUGUGAAGAGCAAAAUUAGUGAUAUUAUGACGGAAAGUUCUGUAGAUUUGUAUUGUGGGGACAUGAUACCUAGCAAAAAUCACUCUUUCAGAAGGUGAUAUUUUCUUUGCCUGGAAAUAAAACGAUUCCCAUAUGUGUCGAACUAGUCAUUUGAUUUACCCAUCAUUUUUUCUUCUUCUUUUUGCUCCUCUCAUGCUAUCGUUUGUAUAUCCAUAUUCCCAGAGAUUCAACUAAAUGGAAAAUUUGCUGUUGCAAGGCUUCAUUUAUAA